AUGGUGAACAGUCAAGAUUCGUAUGCACAACUAGUUGCAGUUGCAACCACACAUGGUGUGGUGGAUGUGUACCAAGCAUACGAUGGGGCUGCAAGCGGACAAACCCUUCCCUUUCAGGUUUUGUUCAAGAAUCUGAAUGUUGAUUUGAAGGAAGUAAGCCCAUCAUCCAUUCUUAUGGAUAAAGUACCUUUUCAACACUUUGCUGAUAAAAUUGGUGGCUGUCUUUUGAGGAUGAAUUCCACCUCAAUGCGUUCCUUUUAUCCCCAUCAAAUACACCCCAAUACGUUAUCUAUGAGUGGAGUUGUAAGUGUUGUAAUAGGAGGAGUUAGUAGGUAUUUAGACAUGCAUACCAAAGAUAACAAGUAUUGGCUUUAUCUCAUAAACCAUGUCUCAAAACCUAAGUUCACCGUCCUAUUUCACUUACAGGUUUAUCAUAACUUCAUCAUCACAAAAGCCAAACAAAUUGUUAUAUUUUUACAUAUCUAUUCAGGGCACAAGAAUUGGGUUCUCUUUGUUGCAUGGUCACCAGAUGGCAAACAUCUAGACCUAGAUGCAUUCUCUGCAGCUAUUGUUGUGAGUAUUGCCUUCUCUUUCAUUCCUGCUUCGUUAGUUGUUGCUAUUAUGAAGGUUUUGUUCAAGAAUCUAAAUGUUGAUUUGAAGGAAGUAAGCCCAUCAUCCCUUCUUAUGGACAAAGUAAGAGAAGUUGAAGGAAACCAUGAUUUUUCCAACAAGAUGUCAGGUCAUCUCAACAACCACCAAUGAUCUAUGAGUGGAGUUGUAAGUGUUGUAAUAGGAGGAGUUAUUAGGUGUUUAGACAUGCAUACCAAAGAUAACAAGUAUUGGCUUUAUCUCAUAAACCAUGUCUCAAAACCUAAGUUCACCGUCCUAUUUCACUUACAGGUUUAUCAUAACUUCAUCAUCACAAAAGCCAAAAAAAUUGUUAUAUUUUUACAUAUCUAUUCAGGGCACAAGAAUUGGGUUCCCUUUGUUGCAUGGUCACCAGAUGGCAAACAUCUAGACCUAGAUGCAUUCUCUGCAGCUAUUGUUGUGAGUAUUGCCUUCCCUUUCAUUCCUGCUUCGUUAGUUGUUGCUAUUAUGAAGGUUUUGUUCAAGAAUCUAAAUGUUGAUUUGAAGGAAGUAAGCCCAUCAUCCCUUCUUAUGGACAAAGUAAGAGAAGUUGAAGGAAACCAUGAUUUUUCCAACAAGAUGUCAGGUCAUCUCAACAACCACCAAUGAUCUAUGAGUGGAGUUGUAAGUGUUGUAAUAGGAGGAGUUAUUAGGUGUUUAGACAUGCAUACCAAAGAUAACAAGUAUUGGCUUUAUCUCAUAAACCAUGUCUCAAAACGUAAGUUCACCGUCCUAUUUCACUUACAGGUUUAUCAUAACUUCAUCAUCACAAAAGCCAAAAAAAUUGUUAUAUUUUUACAUAUCUAUUCAGGGCACAAGAAUUGGGUUCCCUUUGUUGCAUGGUCACCAGAUGGCAAACAUCUAGACCUAGAUGCAUUCUCUGCAGCUAUUGUUGUGAGUAUUGCCUUCCCUUUCAUUCCUGCUUCGCUUAGAGCAAUGGUUCCAAGAGAUGAGCUGAGACGAAGAAGAAACAAGGCUAGCUGCAACUAUAAUUCAGCCGACGAAGAUGAAACAAUUCCAGAAACUCCUAAAGCCAUUCUUCAAAAAGAUACUUCUAAUCCUUCACAGACAGCUGUUAUACACCCGAAGAUUCGGUUGCCAAGUCAUUAUCUGAGGAGGCACAAACUUCUAACAUUCUUGUGA